AUGGCCAGUGGGCCGCCCGUGCUGGAGCUGCUCGAAGAAGCCACUUGCUCCAUCUGCCUGGAGCUCUUCCAGGACCCCGUGCUCGUCCCGGGCUGCGGCCACAACUUCUGCUGGAGCUGCCUGGCCCGCAGCUGGGGGGCAGCGGAGGCUUCCUGCCCCCAGUGCCGACGGGCCUUCCAGCCCCGGGACCUCGUCGCGAACCGGCAGCUGGCGCGGGUGGCGGAAAUCGCCCAGCGAUGCGGCCCUCAGGGUGGGGAAGAAGGGGGCUUCUGUGGGACGCACCGGGAGCCCCUCAAGCUCUUCUGCAAGGACUGCGAGACCCUCAUCUGCCUGGUCUGCGACCGAUCCCCAGAGCACAGGGACCACCGGGUGAUUCCCCUGGAGGAGGCUUUCCAGGAGUACCAGGUGGGAGUCAGCCUUGAGGGCAAGGAGGAAUCGCUGUGGAGACCUGGAACUGCAAGAACAUGGAUGGAUUUGAUUGAUUGA